AUGUACCCUAGGCUGGAUCAAUGCACUCUGCUCAAAUUCGAAGGGACCCGACUUACCAUUGGAAAUGACUACUAUCUUCUUUCAACCUUGUUCUCGGAGAAAGUCCAUGAUGAACUGGGCGUGAGACAAGCUGUUUUCCUUGGCCAUAGAGGACAGGACGGUCUUGCCUCCAUUAUCAAAGUUCGCAUCGAAAUGAAUCCACGCAUCAUUGAAGACCCCAAGAGUCGCCCGGGAAUCCUUGAAUGGUCAACUCGAUUAUUUCAAAACGAAAUCAAGGCCCUCAUCGACUGUCAAGAUCUCAGAAGCACGCCUAACCUGCUCGGCCAGUCUGUUCAAGUGCAAAACAAUCAGUAUGAAUACCCUGGUGGCUAUAUCCACAUCAUUGCGAUGUCUAGAAUGCCUGGCAUGCCUGUCACGGAGUACUCCGAUCUGAGCGACACCGAGGGUGUAUACAUCAAAGCCCGACUGAUGGAGAUCCUGGAGUCCAUACGGCUACACGGCUGGUACAUCACUGGUGGUUAUCCGGAGAAAGUUAUCUACGAACGAUCGACUCGCACUGUCUCAUUGACAUCUCUUGGGAAUUCCGAAAAAGCCGAUUUGAGCAAGCCUGAAAAGUACCCCUUUACGGAAAACAACGAUAUUUUGCUGGGCUUUGGACAAAAUGUGUGGUGGAUCUGA